AAAACUAUGUUGUGUUGACGGAAGUUUCGUUUUUAAGAAUGACAAAUACUCCCGUGUUGCCAGUUUGAUUGUUCAGCAGCCGACAUACAUAUUGCUUUAGCCGUGUCCCUCUGUUCUAAGACACAAUGUUUCAUCAAAUCCAGUCCGGAGGAAUGGGAGCAGGCCCAGCAGACAAGCGAGAACUUUAUGAGGAGGUGAAGCUGUUUCGCACUGCUCGAGAAAGAGAAAAGUAUGAUAACAUGGCUGAUCUAUAUGCAGUAAUCAACACCCUUCAGAGCUUGGAAAAGGCCUAUAUUAAGGAUGCUGUUCACCCUAAAGAGUAUACUGCAGCUUGCUCCAAACUGCUGGUCCAGUAUAAGGCUGCGUUUAAACAGGUGCAGAGCGAUUUCCCAACACUGGAAUCAUUCAUGAAAAAAUACAGACUUGAUUGUCCUGCUGCGGUGGAGAGAAUCAAAGAAGACCGACCAAUUACGAUCAAGGACGACAAGGGAAAUACAAGCAAAUGUAUUGCAGAUAUUGUUUCGUUGUUUAUUACAAUAAUGGAUAAGCUUCGUCUGGACAUCAGAGCCAUGGAUGAGAUUCAGCCUGACUUGAGAGAACUAACAGAGACAAUGAGUAGACUGAGCAUGCUUCCUGCCGACUUUGAGGGCAAGUCCAAAGUCAGGAGUUGGUUGGAUACUUUAAGUGCCAUGCAGGCAUCAGAAGAGUUGAAUGACACUCAAGUGAGGCAGAUGCUGUUUGACCUGGAAUCUUCAUAUAACUCAUUUAACAGAGUGCUACAUGAUUCAUCAUGAGACGUCUACAGGGUUCAUCAUGAGAUAUCUACAUGGUUCAUCCUUGGAUGUCUACAGGGUUCAUCAUGAGAUGUCUACAGGGUUCAUCAUGAGAUGUCUACAUGGUUCAUCAUGAGAUGUCUACAUGGUUCAUCCUGGGAUGUCUACAAGGUUCAUCAUGAGAUGUCUACAUGGUUCAUCAUGAGAUGUCUACAUGGUUCAUCCUGGGAUGUCUACAAGGUUCAUCAUGAGACGUCUACAUGAUUCAUCAUGAGAUGUCUACAUGGUUUAUCAUGAGAUGUCUAUAUGGUUUAUCAUGAGAUGUCUACAGGGUUCAUCAUGAGAUGUCUACAUGGUUCAUCAUGAGAUGUCUACAUGGUUCAUCAUGAGAUGUCUACAUGGUUCAUCAUGAGAUGUCUAUAUGGUUUAUCAUGAGAUGUCUACAGGGUUCA